AGGAGCCAUGGGCAACAUCUCCUCCAACAUCUCGGCCUUCCAGUCCCUGCACAUCGUCAUGCUGGGCUUGGACUCGGCCGGCAAGACCACGGUGCUCUACCGGCUCAAGUUCAACGAGUUCGUGAACACGGUGCCCACCAUCGGUUUCAACACGGAGAAGAUCAAGCUAAGCAACGGCACGGCCAAGGGCAUCAGCUGCCACUUCUGGGACGUGGGCGGCCAGGAGAAGCUGCGACCGCUGUGGAAGUCCUACAGCCGCUGUACGGACGGCAUCAUCUACGUGGUGGACUCGGUGGAUGUGGACCGACUGGAGGAGGCCAAGACAGAGCUUCACAAGGUGACCAAAUUUGCCGAGAACCAGGGCACGCCGCUACUGGUCAUCGCCAACAAGCAGGACCUGCCCAAGUCGCUGCCUGUGGCCGAGAUCGAGAAGCAACUGGCGCUGCACGAGCUCAUCCCGGCCACCACCUACCACGUCCAGCCGGCGUGCGCCAUCAUCGGCGAGGGCCUCACCGAGGGCAUGGACAAGCUCUAUGAGAUGAUCCUGAAGCGCAGAAAGUCUCUCAAGCAGAAGAAGAAGCGGUAAUGUGCCCGGCAGCGUUCCGGAGCGAGGGGGGAGCAAGCGAGCGAGCCAGCAAUGAAUGAACGAAAGGCCGGAAGGCUGAGCGAGAACCCGCGCCCGCGAACAAAGACAGCGAACCAAAGCGAUGCUUCGGAUUUUUAGAGCGGAAUCCCUGCAUCCAGAUGCAGGACUGGUGACUUAACCUGGGUAUGUAGGUAGACUUGCCAAGCUGCGCCUGACCCGCCCCCACCCCCAGCUCAGGGGACCUUUUGUCUGAAGGCCAGGGCUACUAAGGAGGUGGGCGGCCCCGCUGGGGAGUGGACCUGCAGGUCUCGCCGUCCGCUCUCCUGGCCCAGGUUGGAAGGCUCAGAUGUCAGAGACAAAAGCGAUUUCUUCUUACUCUAGCAGGGCCAGAAGUUCAGGCUUCCCCGCCCUCACUGGGGAUCGCACCGUGAGUUACCUGAGGUAUGCGGUUCCCAGAACCCCGGGAGCACCCAUCUGGGGGCAUGGUGGCAGUGGGAGGUGCUGGGGGGACAGCAUCUCCUGGGGCUGUGAAAGCUGGAUCAUUUUAUAUCACAGGGCAGGCCCCUGUGAAAAUUCAUGUGUUCUGCCCUGGGCCCGAACGAGGUGGUGGUUUGGGCCAUCAGAGGACUGCCUGGAACUGUACGGCAGCCCAAAGGCACGGGGCGCUGCGCUGGCCUCGGCUGGGGAGUGGCCGCGAAGAAUGCCCCUUUCCUGGUGCUUUGUGGUGUAGCUUCAGAAGACCAGUUUUGUUGAGAACUGUGUUUCAGCCUGGAAUCAGACAUCUUCCAGAUGGUUUGGACCCUGUCCAUGUGUAGGUCAUUAUCACACAAAGAGACCAAUAAAAAAAUUGAAAAAACAAAAACAAAAACUGUCCGAGGUGGUGGCAAAUGAUACAUUUUCUGUUUGCAGAAUAGUUAAAGGUGUUUAAAGGGUAAGGCUCUUGACGUCAGUGCUGGAUGGGGUGUGUGUGUAGAUGCAGGGACCUCCCUCUGCACUGUGUAAUCGGCGUACAUUUCUAGACCCAUAUGUGUGGAAUCUAAAAUUCUCUUAGCCUACUGAUUGGCUUGUGUGAGCACACCAGCUGCAGAUGUGUGCUGAAUGACAAGUGGGUUUUGGCAAGGGAUGUUUCUUGUAAUCCUAACCGCUUGAUUAUGGGUUAUGGUUUUCAGACAUGUUUAAAAAAAAAUCUGCUACGAAUGAAUACUCACCUUAGAAAUACUCAAUUUAGGAAGAAAGACUUUGCUUUGCCCUUUUAGAUCCCUUUACGCUGCAAGUGGCGACAUGUUCAGAUUUCUAAUUUGGUUCAUUGUGGCCUAUCUGGUUUCAGUAUUUUCAUUACAAUGUCUCCUUAGAGUAUUUCAUGUCCUGCACCAACAAAUAAAAGCCCACCUUUUAAAAGCCGACCUCAUUGCAUGGAUUUAAAGGCGAAGGAAAAGCACAAGGAGAUCCUUCCUAGUUCCUUCUUGUGGAAACUGGUUGCAGAGCAAAUGCAGACACAGUGAGUGCUUGAGACAGAAGAAAGCAUGUGACGUAAUGGUCACCUGUCUUCAGGCUCCUCACAGUUUACUUGAAAGAGGCUUUGGAAAUAGAUAAAGUGAGAGAAGAAGAAAUACCUAUUUUUAAUAAUGUAAUUUAAAAAAUCCUUUAUAAUCAGGACUGAGUCUUGGUUUGCAGAAGCUGUCAUUUACCCCAAAAUACAGUAUCAAAAGGGAAACUUACACUUACUGUGUAAUUUUGAUUUCCUCUUUGAAUCCAUGUUUACAGGUGGAAUUAUGUUUUUUCCUCCCACUAUGAUAAAUUUCUCUUCUAAGGAGGCCUUUAGAAAUUGGGUAUGAUCCUGCUUGAGCAUGUGAGAUAGUCAAAUUAUAAAUCCAUGCCUAUGGUCCACUGCACUCGGAAAGUGAAUUUAAGAACCAGAGGUAGAAGUCCCAGCUUCCUGCUUGAAACCCAAUUCUCCUAUGAAAUAUUUUAAAAAAGAAACCUAGUAGCCCAUCUUCCUUUUCUCUUUUGUCGGUGUAUUUGGUACCUCUCCAAUGCUGGUCUUUUUGUAGAAACUCAGUAGAGAAAAUAUAGCUGAGCAGCGUUGAAAAGCCUGCAAGAUUUCAGUUUACAUAUUGACAGCAUAGUCACUGAUUUCUAAAUGGGCUGGUCCCAUCAUCUGAAAAUUCUGUAUAGAAUUAUUAAAAAAAAAUCCAUCUUUCUUUAUUUUCUUCACAUGCAACAAUUUCUUAAGCACUUUGACAUUUUGGUAGUUCCACACUAUUGAGAGAAUAAUAUAUUUUAUUUUGUGACAUUGCAGAUGCCAAAUACUGUCAACUUCUCGUGCUGACAAUACUUUGGUUCAAGAUCACUGUUCAAAUCCUGUCAUGCUUUACCAAUGAUGCGAGAUGACUUUGUUUUUUUGCAUUAUCAAUACUUAAGGGUGCAGUCAACUGUUAGUAAUUGUGCAGUAAAGCUCUGUGGUGUAUCAACCAAUAGCUAAAGAGUCUCAGUUGAUUUCUGUAGUGUUUGCUCUAACAAUAGCCCAUUUUGUCUCUGACCAAACGGAGGAAGCACAGACUAAAUCACCUUGGAGUGGUCACCCGGGGAGUCCCCUCCAACGUAGCUAUCAGUGAUCAUUAUACCUUCUGCUUUUCGGAGAAUGAAUGGGCUCCACAUAGAGUAAGUUGGCCUCCCCACACGAGCUUUUGAAACGUUUUCUCAUAUACGCAGGGAGGCCAGUUUUGUUUCCAAACGAUUCUCUUCACAAAUUCUCUGUCAUGGUGUUGGGACUAUGUCUCCAGGUUUGUUUUCGUUUCUACUGCUGUAAUUCUCCGUCCUGACCAUCCUCCUCUUCGGGUUCCCUUUCCCUUUUAUAUGCAUAUAUGAUGCUGUGAACAGAAAUAAAUUAUUUAUACAAUCAAA